AGAAUCCAGCACAAAAUGGAUGUAAAGUUAUACGUAUACGACCUCUCCAAGGGUCUUGCGCGAAUGUACUCAGUCGCCCUGACGGGAACGCAAAUGGAUGCUAUCUAUCACACGUCAAUCGUUUUGAACGGAACGGAAUAUUACUUUGGACAGGGUAUCCAAACUGCCUUCCCGGGUAGUACGCACCACGGUCACCCAAUGGAGGUGAUCGGUUUAGGAACGACAGAGUUGCCCAAGGACGUCAUUCAAGAGUACAUACAGUCUCUAGAGGAGAUUUACAGUCCAGAAUCACAGUCAUACGACCUCUUCCUGCACAACUGCAACAACUUCACCCAAGACCUGUCCAUGUUUCUCCUUGGGAAGAACAUCCCCGAGCACAUCCGGAAUCUCCCCCAGACAUUCCUGAAUACGCCAUUUGGACAGAUGAUGAAGCCGCAGAUCGAAAAUGCUCUGCGCGGUGUAACCCAAGGCACUGGAACACCCGGUGUUCCACACCCGCCCUCAGCUCCCGCUCGAGCUCCAGCUCCAGUUGCACCUGCCCCUGCAGCCGCUGCACUACCCCAUGGCACAGUCCAGAUGGCAAACAACGUGCAACAACUCGACACCUAUCUGAACACUGCAUCACAAACCGGCAAAGGCGCCGUCAUCUUCUUUACCUCCGCAACCUGUCCCCCCUGCAAGAUCCUGUACCCGACGUAUGACGAGCUAGCCGAAGAAGCAGGGGGCUAUGCGGUUCUGGUGAAAGUCGACAUCAGCGUCGCGCUGGACGUGGGGAUGAAGUACGGGGUGCGUGCGACGCCGACGUUCAUGACAUUCUUGCGCGGCGAGAAGGUGGAUGAGUGGAGUGGUGCGAAUCCGGGGAUGCUACGGGGGAAUGUACGGUUGUUGGUGCAGAUGGUGCAGCAGGAGCAACUUGCGAACGCGCAUCCGCAUCGCAGACUUGACCUCCCAACCCUCCAGAAGCAAAUCGAAAAUUACGUGCUGUACAAAAAAGUCCCGCCGUUGGACAGAGUGCGCCAGAAACUGAGCCCCCACGACUCCGGCCCCGUGGUUUCAUCCAUCAUCGACUUCCUACAAGCCCGAAACAACGCCACAACCGCUCCAGCCGACAUCCCAAUCCCCACGAACCUACCAGAAAUCGCAACAUACCUCCAAGCCACCGCGCCACACCUCCCACGCGAAAACCGCUUCGCACUGGUCGAUCUCGCCCGUCUGCUAUUCCUCGACCCUCGCGUCAGCGGCUACUUUGCAGAAAGGGACUCCCCCGCCCACGCAACCCUUUCCUCCUUGUUCUCCCUCGCGUCGCCCGUAUCCCCCACAGAUCCAUCGACAUCUGCAUCCGCACAUACAUCGACAUCUACAUCUACACCCCCCGGAUCACAAUCUGCACCCGCGGCAUCCGCACCCGUAUCUGCACCCGCCCCCUACAACCUCCGCAUGACCCUCCUCCAACUCGCCUGCAACCUCUUCACCACCCCACUGUAUACCACACACCUCACCACAGACCGCGCUCUGCGCGACACAAUCACCCACCUCGCAACAGGCGCCCUCCUCUCCGAAGAUCUCAUCACAGACACAAACGGCAACAAAACAAAAAUCCCCGCUAACCUCCGCGUAGUCGCAGCAUCAUGUCUCUACAAUCUCACAGCUCUAAACCAUAACGCGCGUCUCCGGCUGAUAGAUCACGAUCACGACCCAAGAUCUGGACCGGGAUCUACGCCAGGACCAGCACCGGAACCAGGAUUCAGGGAUGAGUCUAAGUCUAAAUCCGAGACAAAAUCCGGGGAACAACGGCACGCGGAAACGGAACCGGGUGCGGAAGCGGACCGGCGGGAACUGGGAGUGGGACUGGAACCCCUAUCGGAAGAGGAACAAGUGGAGAUUGCCGCAGCGGUCAUCGAGGCGUUAGACAAAGAAGCUGAGAGUGGUGAGACGGUGCGCGGGCUGGUGUUUGCGUUGGGAUUGUUGGUUUACGGGGCUGAUGUGGAGGGGAGCGUCGUGGACGUUUGUCGGGCUAUGGGCCUGGAGGGGAUACUUCGGGUUAAGGGGGGGAUGUUUCGGGAGGGGAGAGAGGUGAUUGCGGAGGUUGGAUGUUUGUUCAAGUAA